GCAAAAGAACACAAGGGGCGUCUAUUCCGCCAUAUUGAAUUACUGAGAGAAGAGAAGGGGAAAAUCGUCCCCAAUCUAACACCAAUCUGACCCAUCAUUAUCCUGUACCGAUAACACCUGGAUUCUAAAAGUAGAUAGAGGGACAAUUAACCGUGUUUAAUUGUGAUUUCUUCAGACGAUCCCCGAUAAAAUAGUAAUUAACUUGUUGAGGCGGUCCUUCCGUUCAUUCCGGAAGUCAUAAUAUGGGGACGAAGGACGACGAAUAUGAUUACUUAUUUAAAGUUGUUCUGAUUGGUGACAGUGGUGUGGGUAAAAGUAAUCUCCUAUCCAGAUUUACCAGGAAUGAAUUCAACUUGGAAAGUAAAAGUACAAUCGGGGUAGAGUUUGCUACCAGGAGUAUACAGGUGGACGGGAAGACAAUCAAGGCUCAGAUCUGGGAUACAGCAGGCCAGGAACGAUACCGAGCUAUCACCAGCGCAUACUACAGAGGGGCAGUAGGGGCACUCCUUGUCUACGACAUCGCAAAGCACUUAACGUACGAAAAUGUGGAACGAUGGCUGAAGGAACUACGUGAUCAUGCAGACAAUAACAUAGUUAUAAUGCUAGUAGGGAAUAAGAGUGAUUUACGACAUCUACGUGCUGUUCCUACAGAUGAGGCUAAGACUUUUGCAGAAAAAAAUAACCUGUCUUUCAUUGAAACAUCGGCUCUGGAUUCCACUAAUGUAGAAACAGCAUUUCAGAAUAUUUUAACAGAAAUUUACAAGAUAGUUUCUCAGAAGCAGAUAAGGGACAGUCCAGACGACGAUAAUUCACCCAGUAACAAUGUACAGACAAUUCACGUAGCUCCUACAGAUAAUAACGCCCCCAAACAACAAAAGUGUUGUAAUGUCUGAGGGACAGAAGUGAACAACCGCAACAAAACAACAACAAAGGGAGAUCACUCACUUCAGCAUCACUAUUGUCAAAGUGCCCCGGAUUAUAAGUGUUUACAUAUCAUUUGACGAAUGGCAGGGGGUGAAUUGUAGACAAGAGUUCUGUUUUCCUGAUUAUGUUAUUAUGUGAUGAAUUGUUUUUAUGUACAUAACAGCUAUGGUUAAUGAACCUCGUCGAGAACUUUAAUUUGUAUAUUAAUGUUAUUACCCAGAAUGCUACACAUCUGUGGAUAUUUUGUUUCUUAGUUGAUGUCGAUGCAUUUAUGCUAUGUGUAACUUUGAUGCAGAUUGAACUUCUGUGAGAAAAGUGUAAGAAAUUUGUGCAGUUUUUUUUUUCCCCGAAUUAGGAAUAUAAGAAAAAGCUUUGAAAUAUUGCAUUGGAAGUGAAUGUAAAUCUGUGUUAUGCAAUGUUGAGAGAAUUUGACUUCUGACUAUGUUAUGUUGCAUAGAGACAUUAUAGCUGAACACAGCAUUUCAAAUAGGAUCUACAUGUGUGUUUCACACCUACCCUGUGUUGUUUACAAAUUUCCAGGGUAGCUGAAAUAUUUAAUUAAAAUACAAAGCUUUUCCAAAAAAUACACGAAAUCUUUGAUUAUUUUAUUAUAUUUUUUACACAAAAUGUAGAUUUUAAAAAGUUUGAAAAAGAAUAGUACACUCAGUCUGAGAAAGUUUAAGGCAUUUAAAAUGUUAGAGUAAUGCAGAAACAUUGAAAAUGCUGAAAAUUAUUAUUUAAUGUUAAAAUUUUGUAGAUUUGUAAUAAAAUAAUAUUGAAUUGUGUUAGGGGAGCCAAACAUUGUAAUGAUACUGAUGCUGAACUGAGGGGUGGAUCCUCAAUUUUGAGGGAUGGAUCCUGAUAUUUCUUUAAACAUGAUUAUGUAAUAUGAGGGAUGGAUCCUCAAUUUCAAUGUGAGAACUAUCAUUUUUGGCCAUCACAUGUUGUUAUAAAUUUAUGGAUGGAGGAGAAUUUAUUUUGUAAGUGGUGGUCACUGCAUUUUUAAUUUUUAUACUAAAUCUGGCAUUUUUUCUUCUCCUUGCUGUUCUAUACAUUUAUAAGAGAAAGCGUAUUUUUGACAUACUUUAUCUGAUCAGAUAUUCACAAAUAGUACCUGUAAUUUUUUUUAGACAAAGUAAAAACUGUUGAUGGUUAAAAUGUUUAGCAAAAAAUUUGACCAGUUUUCAUUAAAACAGCAUUUUAUCCAUUUUUAAACUUUGAUCAGUUUUGUUUAAGCAUUAUGUCUCAAUUUGAAGUAUUCAUCGAAGAAUGGAAACCAUUUCAUGAUAUAUAAUCAAUACACAGAAACAUAAAGUCAAAUUGAAAUAAAAUUUGAUAUUUUUAGUUGAUAAACAGUAAGGAGAAGAAAAUAACCACACACACAAUUAGAGAAUGGGAACAUUACCUACAUAAUGUGAAAAUGAGGCUUCAUUGACCUACAGAAGUGUGUAAAUGAGGCUUUGUUGACCUACAUAAUGUGAAAAUGAGGCUUCUUUGACCUACAUAAUGUGAGAAUGAGGCUUCAUUGACCUAUGUAAUGUGUAAAUGAGGCUUCAUUGACCUACAUAAGUGUGUAAAUGAGGCUUCAUUGACCUAUGUAAUGUGUAAUUGAGGCUUCAUUGACCUACGUAAUGUGUAAAUGAGGCUUCAUUGACCUACAUAAGUGUGUAAAUGAGGCUUCAUUGACCUACAUAAUGUGAAAAUGAGGCUUCAUUGACCUACAUGAUGUGAAAAUGAGGCUUCUUUGACCUACAUAAUGUGUAAUUGAGGCUUCAACUAAAGUGCUAUACCAAUACAGGUGUGGAUGCUUUUAUUUAUUGGUUUAAUAUACAUAUACUAUGAUAUAAAAAAACACAGCUAACUAUUACCAUGUCUGUCAGUGACGGUGAUUUUUGUUUAUUAUCUAUAUACACUGUUACUUGUCCUGGUGUGUCAAAAAUACAACUGUUGAACACGAAAACAUUCAUACGUAGGGAUGACAGCAAACAUAAAAGAAAAACUUGUGAUCAUGAAGAGUUACUGCCCUUUUGUCUCGGUUGAGCUUUAUUAAGUAUUUCCAGCUUGUUCAACAAAUGGUGUGAUUUGAUUGGUGCAGUUCUUCAGUAGGUUUGACACUAUAAGGAGGAGUAACACCUAUUGAUGUUAUACAAUUGUAACAUUUCUCUGUAUUUUUAAGCUAUACUAAAUUAUCAAACUCCUGUUAAAUUUUUAAUUCAUUCCAGAUAUUCAUACAAUGAGCUAUUUUUUUUCUUUAUUUUUUCACACCUUUUUCUGCAUGUUCUGUGUAUAAUUACUGGCAUUCAGUGAGAGAAAGGGUCUGUCUGGACCAAAGAUUUAUUGUGUGAGAGGAAUUAUCAAACAUUGGAAUAAACAUAUGAAAUAUGA